GGGCGGGGAGGGGACUUGGCUUCCUUCAGGAUCUGCUUCUGCAUGCCAAUCGGGGACAGACCACACACACUACCCAGAGUGCACUAGGCCUGGGACAAGGGUAGUCCAGAGGAACCUCCCAGGUCUAAGAGGUGGCAGAGGACGUGCCUUCUGCUGUCUCUCUCUCUCGGCCUCACCACCUUUCCUACUUCUGUCCCAGAUUUGGGUCCGAAAACUCGCUGUCCCUUGGCUUCUGUGUGGUCCCAGAAGAUAUGCCUCCUCGAACUUCAAGGCUGCAGACCUGCAGCUGAAAAUGACACAGGAGCCUCACAAGAAGCCGGAUGCCAGCGAGCCCCUGGUGUUCGGGAAGACGUUCACUGACCACAUGCUGAUGGUGGAGUGGGCCGAGAAGGAGGGCUGGGGCCAGCCCCGGAUCCAGCCCUUCCAGAACCUCACGCUGCACCCGGCCUGCUCAGCUCUCCACUACUCGCAGCAGCUCUUCGAGGGCCUGAAGGCAUUUCGAGGCAGCGACCGGAGCGUGCGCCUGUUCCGCCCCUGGCUCAACAUGGACCGGAUGCUGCGCUCGGCCCUGCGCCUCUGCCUGCCGAGUUUCGACAAGGUCGAGCUGCUCGAGUGCAUCCGCCGGCUCGUGGAAGUGGACAAGGACUGGGUCCCCGACAGCAGCGGCGCCAGCCUCUACGUGCGGCCUGUGUUCAUCGGGAACGAGCCCUCGCUAGGUGUCGGCUGUCCCUCGCGAGCCCUCCUCUUCGUUAUUCUCUGUCCCGUGGGCGCGUACUUCCCUGGAGAUGCCUUGACACCCGUGUCCCUCCUGGCGGAUCCGUUGUUCACCCGGGCCUGGGUGGGCGGGGUCGGCGACUGCAAGAUGGGCGGGAAUUACGGGCCCACGGUGUUCGUGCAGCAGGAGGCCAAGAAGAAGGGCUGCCAGCAGGUGCUCUGGCUGUACGGGCCCGACCAUCAGCUCACCGAGGUGGGCACCAUGAACAUCUUCGUCUUCUGGACCCACGAGGAUGGGGUGCUGGAACUGGUGACCCCCCCGGUGGAUGGCGUCAUCCUGCCCGGAGUGGUUAGACAGAGUCUGCUGGACCUGGCUCAGACCUGGGGCGAGUUCCGGGUGGUGGAGCGCAGGGUCACCAUGAAGGAGGUGAUGCGAGCGCUGGCGGAGGGUCGCCUCCGGGAAAUCUUCGGCUCAGGCACCGCCUGCCAGGUGUGCCCUGUGCACGGGAUCCUGUACCAAGGCGAGCACCUCCACAUUCCCACCAUGGAGAACGGGCCGGAACUUGUCCUCCGCUUCCAGAAGGAGCUGAGCGCAAUCCAGUACGGAGCUCAAGCCCACGAGUGGCUGCUCCCUGUGUGACGCUGCGGGCUGCGCCCGGUCUGCCCUGGGAUCCACGCAGCACCUCGUCCCUGCGCUGGACCCUCCCGCUCCGCCCCACGGAUGACUCACCCGAAGUGCAAUACGCGCAACCGGGGACCAGGACGCCUGAGUCUCCCGCGCCCCCGCGUGGCCGCUACACUCCCAAAGCAGACGGGCCGGACCCAGGAGCUCCGCCCUCAGGCCCGGGCAUUCGGAUCCCGCUGCUCCGUAUUGCGGGGUCCAAGGUGCGCCUUGGCCCCGACUCCGCACUCACUCUCCUCAGGCCGGAUCUCUCACGUGCUGCUGUCGAUGUUUUACCCCCUUCUUGCUGCAAUUCUGAAAUAAAAUGCCAAAUAACAAGACAUUGGUUCCCAUCUCCAGUGAUGCAACUCGAGACUCUAGGAUUUUCACGGGGAUCCCUGGUCCUCGGCCCCUCUCAUUUUCGCCGGCCCAGCAAUCCUGACCCCCAACGUCCUGGCGGAUUCUCUGGCGGACAAGAGUCUUCCGCUUCACCACAAAUCGAGCUUAGCAUCCCCCCCGCCACUAACCUGCAUGUCGCCCACUUCCCCAUCUUGGGGACAGCUCCAGUGCGCAUGCAGUCACCAGGCCGCACUCAGGGCGAAGAAGGCAAUUUGGGGGUACACAUUUCAGAUAACCCUCCUCCAUUGCCUAAAAAAUUCCCUAAUAGCCCUGUGAUCUUGGGGAAGGGAAUUCAUCUGACUGAUUCCUUUUUCUCAUUUUAAAAAUGAGGACGGAAGUACCCACCCGUUAAGGCCAUGCUGAAGAUUAAACAAGUCAUUCCAUGGAGGGUGAUUGGAACAGGGCCUGGCAUGUAGAAAGCGCUGUAAAACUGUUCUCUUUUUGACAACCAAAUUUGCCUUGUGAUUUUCUAGGUUGAUUCAGAAGGUUGUCCAAUUGCGUGGGGAAAUGAAUAUCUGUAAAAAUGGAAUGCAUUUAAUUAUACAAUACUUAGGGGACUUCAGGAAAUUGAUUUUUUUUCCUCUACAUGUUUUAAGUCAUUUUUAUGCUUAAGGAUGUUCUUCAUUUGAAAAUAAUAAAUAUACA